AGCCCCUCUCUGCCCGACUGCAUCGCUCUCCUCAUCGCUCUCCAGGUUCACUGUCUGGUGGCAGCCCAGUUCAGAGUGAUUGGACCGGACCAGCCAGUUGUUGCCUCUGUGGGAGCAGUGGCAGUCCUUCCUUGCCGCCUGUCCCCUGCGACGAGCGCAGAGAGCAUGGAGGUGCGGUGGUUCCGGUCCCAGUUCUCUCCAUACGUGCACCUGUACUCUGACCGUCAGGAUCAGCCUGGAGAGCAGAUGCAGGAGUAUGUCGGGAGGACUCAGCUCCUGAAGCACAACAUCACCUCUGGGAGCGUCUCCCUAACAAUACGUGGGGUGCGACCCUCCGACCACGGGCAGUACACCUGCUUCGUCCAGGCUGGUGUCUCCUAUGAAGAAGCUCUGCUGAAGCUGCAGGUGACAGCGCUGGGCUCUGACCCCCACGUCUCUGCUGAGGGUCACCAGGACGGAGGGAUCCGGAUGGUGUGUCGAUCGGCUGGGUGGUACCCAGAGCCCGAGGUGCAGUGGAGAGAUCACCGUGGGCAGCCGUUACCACCAACUUCUGAGACGGUGUUCACAGACAGUGCCGGGCUGUUUCACGCAGAGGUUUCUGUUGUGAUCAUGGCAGAGUCGAACCACAACGUGACCUGUGCUGUCAGGAGCCUGCACGCCGUGAGCACGGCGUUGGGGUGGGGAGGGCGAUCACUGCUCACGUGUCGGACAUGUAGUGAGCCGUUUCCCCGGGCAGCACAAAUCCCGUCUGUGCUGCACUCAGCAGGGCUUACGGGGACACGGGAGUUGGCAGCGACACCGACACCAGGACUCAGGCCAAGCGCCCUGUGGCUGAGCCGAGAGCUGGGCCCGGGUCACUUUUUCCCCCGGGUCUCCCCCUGGAUGGUGGCUCUGGCUGUGAUUGUACCCAUCAUGUUGGUGGUCAUUGUCCUGAGCAUUUUCUACUUCUGCCGUGCAAAAGGACUUCUGCAAUCCAAGCUGGAGAGUGAGAAAGCGGCCCUGAAGUCUGCCCUGGAGAGUGAGAUAGGGACUCUGCAAUCCAAGCUGGAAAGUGAGAAAGAGAGGCGCCGUGCAGACAAAGCGGAGUAUGAAGCAAUGAAAAGACUUGCCCGAGCCCGACAAUAUGCAGUGGACGUGACUCUGGACCCAGGGACGGCUCAUCCCAACCUCGUCCUGUCUGAGGAUCGGAAAUGUGUGAGACUCAGAGACACCCGACAGGAUGUGCCCGACACCCCCGAGAGAUUUGAUACUUGUCCCUGUGUCCUGGGCUCGGAGGGGAUCACGGGCGGGAGGCGCUACUGGGAGGUGGAGGUGGGAGACAAGACAGAGUGGGCCCUGGGCGUGUGCAGGGAGUCUGUGCGCAGGAAGGGGAAGGUCACACGGUCACCUGGCGAUGGAUAUUGGGUCAUGUGGCUGCGGGACGGGGGAUACAAGGCCCUCACCCCCCCCUCCACCCCCCUCCCUGUGCGCGAGCGGCCCAGGCAGGUGGGGGUUUUCCUGGACUACGAG